GAGUGACCAAGCGACACCGUUCUGAGUAUAGACCAUAGUACUAUUAAAAUACAAGUCUUGAGGGCAAAAGCGGCGUGAGCUAGGGUUCGUUUGUUUCUUUCUUGAAAUCCCAAACUCUCUCUUAAAUCAAAUCUCUCACUCCGAAAUCACAUAAACCCUAGAAACCCAAUUGAGUUCUCGCAAAAGGGUCAUCAAAUAUAUAAUUUCUGCUCACAAUGGACAGUGAUGGAGCUCAAAUACACAUCAGUAACGGCGACGACGAACAAACGCAACAUAACAAUCAGUUCAUGUACGGCGAAGAUGAGGACGCUCACGGCGGUGGCUAUGAUUUUGAUGGCGGUGAUAAUAGGCGGAGAGAUGAUAUAGCACAGCAUUCUGAGGGUCAUAUUGAUUCUUCUGCAGGAAAGCUCUUUGUUGGAGGCAUUGCUUGGGAAACUAGUGAAGAGUCAUUCAGCAACUACUUCAGCAGUUAUGGGGAAAUCACAGACUCCGUAAUAAUGAUGGAUAAACUAACGGGAAGACCAAGAGGAUUUGGGUUUGUUACAUUUGCGGACUCUGAGGUUGCAGAUAAAGUUCUGAGCAAAGAACAUAUCAUAGAUGGUAGAGCGGUUGAAGUGAAAAGAACAGUCCCUAGGGAGGAUAUGCAGGUAAAGGGAGUACUGAAAACCCGGAAGAUAUUUGUUGGUGGUUUACCUUUAUCAUUGACUGAAGAUGAGUUGAGGGAGUAUUUUUCUGCUUAUGGUAUUGUUGUGGAGCAUCAGAUCAUGUUGGAUCAUACAACCGGGAGAUCAAGGGGCUUUGGAUUUGUCACUUUUGAUGAUGAAAAUUCAGUGGAGAAAAUAUUUUCUGAUGGCCAAAUUCAUGAACUUGGUGGCAAACAGGUUGAAAUAAAGAAGGCUGAGCCAAAAAGAGCUAUUGGUGAUUAUGGAAACGAUAGCCGAGGGCGCCGUGGUGGUGGUAAUAUGAAGUCAUAUGGUGGUGGUUUUGGAAGAGGUGCAUCUGGUUAUGGAAGCGGUUAUGGUAGCAAAGGUGGCAGAGGUUAUGGAGGACAGAGCGGCUAUGGUGGUUAUGGUGGUUAUGGCGAUUAUGGUGGCUAUGAUAGUUAUGGAAGGGGGUCGGCAGGUCUUUAUGCUGGUUUUGGUGGAUUUGGAUAUGGGUAUGGAUAUGGUGGACCCAUGUAUGGUGCAGCUGCAUAUGGUAGUUACGGAGGUGCUGGUAGUUAUGCUGGCGCUGCUAGCUAUGGUGGCAAAGGUGGAUAUGGUGGUGGGGGUGGUUAUGGUGGCAAAGGUGGAUACGGCGGCAGUGGGGCUGGAUAUGGCGGCGGUGGUGGAUAUGGUGGCGGAAGCGGGGGUGGAUAUGGUGGCGGUAGCAGCAGCGGGGGUGGAUAUGGUGGCAGCAGAGGUGGAUACGGUGGCAGCGGAAAUGGAUAUGACGGCAGCAGCGGUGGAGGCGGCAGUGGAGGCAGUGGCGGAUAUGAUGGAGGCAGCAGUGGAGGUGGAUAUGAUGGAGGCAAAGGAUAUGGGAACGGCAGCACUGGCGGAGGAAGAUACCAUCCGUAUAGGAAGUGAGACUUCUCGACCACAACAAUUAUUAGUAUUGAAAUUGCCAACUUUGAAAAAUGAGUGGAUUGUUUCCUAAAAUACAGUUUGGUUUAUUCUAGUAUUUGUUUUGUGGAUCGUUCUUUGUAGGCUUCAUUAGCAAACCCGGCUCUAAUUCUGGAAGAAUUAAGUUGUACUCUCGUUUGUACUGUCAUAUGUAUAGUACCUUUCAUUAGUUAUUUCA